CAUUAUUAUAGUUCAAGCACGUGUAUAUACGUUAAAAUUUAGUUUGGUAUCUUAACAAUUCGGGAUCUUGAUUAUACAGUACUCUCAUGGGCGAUCCCCUCUCCUGACUCGCGAAUAUUCUUCAGUUUCUAAUUUUGAUCUGCGAUCAAUCACCUUUGGGAAUCACUGACAUAGAGCAAGAAAAGGUAGUUACGUUCGUGUAACCCCAACCUAUAUAUUCGUUCGUUUCACUGUUGUCUGACUGUAUUAGAAAAAAAUGAAAUUCAUAAUAGCUGCGACCUUUCUAUUGCUGGGAUCUGCAUUUGCACAAAUUCCAGUAAGUGUUAUCACCGAGUGGUCACAGAACGAUCAAUCAUCCGCCGGUGCCAUCAUUAGCUUGGUAUACCAAGGACUGAAGGAUGGAACUUGCUUUGUACAGUUGCCUAAUGCUGUCAACAUGUUCCACGUAGUGAACGGUCACAUCAUUCCCGACGGUUCGGAUCCUGAAUACGGUUUUUAUAAGAUCACAGCCCCAGCUGACUGGGAAGCCAUGAACGGCACAUUCAAUGCUUUGAUAAUCUUCAAUAGAGACAAGGUAUUCAGUUUUGCAGGUGUGUCUUUCACAUGUAAUCCUGAGGAUGUAGAGUACGUAAGCGUCUAUUCAUUCCCGAAUAAUAAUCAGGCAAAGGAAGCGAGUUCCAGCGUAUACUACAGAUGGGGCUUUCACAAAGGAGACGUCCUGACAAUAACAUUCCCAGUUAGAGUCGCAAGAUUUGAACUCACUACAAUGGACGGCAGAUACAGCGUCACUUCUGGCGACUCAAAAACUUUCACUCUGAGUGGAUUCCAAAACGAGGAGGGAGACGACAGCAUGAAAGAGGUUGGCUUCAACAUCGAGUACCUGCAUUCAGAAGAUGGAUUCUCAGGCUGGUUUUCCGCAGGCGAUAUUUCGGUUUCUAUUGUUAGAGUGACUGCACUACAGUGACAUCACAAUUAGAGAGUGGACUUGUUGACGACGAUGCGACACGAAUAUUUACAUUUAGUCAUUUCAGUUUUCCCAACGAUUUCUCGUUAAAUUUCACGUUUUACAUAUUUUUGGGCGCUCCAGAAGUAUGUGUACCAAUAUGGAUGUAACUAAAUUUAUUCGCCUAUUCUACAUCAAGUUGUGUAAAGGGACUGAAACCAAUGGGCAGGGGUAUAUUCACUUGGCUAACACAGACAGUCCCCGACUCGUAAUAUAAGUAAGAUAGGGAACAUCGGAAGAAAAAUUUAUGUCCUAACACUAACCUGGUACACAUACUACGGGAGUACGUAUUUUGGAACUGUUUAUUCUUCGCUGACUAUAUGUGAAAGUACUUUAUUCAAUCAAUCUUUAAUCUUCCCUCUAAGAAAAUUUUACGCUGAGCAAA